UUAAACGAACUGAAAAGCUUUAUUUUGACCACGAUAAGAACUCUCUACGCCGGCUUCUUGUCCACAGUUCAGUCGACGGGAGGAGGAAAGACGAUAUCAAGCAUCGCGAAUCCAGCUUGUCUGAAAGACAUAUACUGAUUCGCGCCCUCGAGCUUCAAAUUCGGAUCCAGCUAGGGACGACUCAACUAGCAAUGCUGCCUCUGCCGCAGAUCCAUUUUCCUCAUGUUGAUCAGGAAGAUCUGGAGCGACUCGCCAAUGAACUUGACGCGAUCAUGCAUCUUGAACCCGACGGCGACGACGAACUGGACGUACAGGAGAUCGGUAGCGAAGAACUGCAUGGCUCCGACGACGACUCGGACCAAGGAGAAAGCAACGGAAAGGAUGAUGCUAGCAUGGCCAGCUUCAUCAACGAUGAAGAUGAAGAGAGUGUCAAGUCGGAUGACUCUGAAGAAGAAGAUGAUUUCGACAGCAUGUCUGACUCGGAGACUUCCGAUGACGAAGAUGAUGGCAAAAUGGGUACGCGUGGACAGGCAACAGCACGCAGACCUGACUGCAAAAAGCGUCCUCACUCGGUCAAGAAAGAGGUUCAGGUGAAGAAGGAAACUCAGGCCAAACAGGACGCUCGACCCCUAAAGAAGGUGAAGGUCAGCCAGGAGACGAAGCACGAGGCCGAGGCUAAGGACGAGGCUCAAAUCAAGCAGGAGACCGCUGAGAAUGAUCAUGCUGAUCUUGCUGCGGUCGAAGCAUUCAACAAGGGCGUGGGAAAGCCUGAUGCCAGUGGUUCAAGCAUCGAGGACGCCAUCAUACUUGACUGAGGGGUAGGAGGGAGAACAAUGGGCAUUUGGUUGCAUUGUCCGUCUGACGAUGCUUUUACAGAUGAGAGCUGGCGAAAUUUGCUUGAUGCAGGUUACGAGGCUUUGGCUUCUACGACGACGACAGUGAUGCAUCUAGGUGCGAAACAUGGUCGCAUUUGACUAGUGAUCUCAGUUAGCCGUCAGGGGCGGCUACGAUGGGUGCUCAUGGGCAAGCAGUUGAGCUGGGACGUAGCUAUCUCAUGAGAUGACUAGAAGCGAUGAAUUUGAGCUCAAUCAGACCCCCAAACCGGACAAUGUCCGUAAGUCGUGUUCCGAAAAGAAGCUUCAGUUGCAAGUGUCAUUA